AUGCCCUCGGAUAUCCAGGUUUUUGUGAAAUGGAAAGACCAGACAAUAUUUGCGGGGGAGGAUGUGGAAUGCACCAUCACCUUUAAGAACGUUGCGGAGCAAACCGCGGAGACCAACAAUGGCGGGCAGCUCCCGCAUCAACGCAAACAGUCGCGAACUGGGAACACCAGUCCUAAAUCAGAAUCCCUUUUCUCCCUAAGAUCUCCCCAAAGCCUCUUUUUCAAUUCUCAUCGCCGAUCCUACCCUACACUUGCGAAACGGUCCCCAGCUCACAGGAUCUCCUCAUCCGUGAGCUCCCCGUUAAUCGGCUCCCACAGCUUCCCGCCCCCCUCUACGCCUCGAAGUGGCCCUCCGGCUGGCCACAAACACAAGCGAUCGGUGUCCAUUCUUUCAAUUGAUAGCGACCUCCCGACUGAUAUUACUCCGAGAUCGUCCUCGCAAUUUAGUCGGUCGAAGCCGGUCAGGGGUCAUGGGCGGUCCGCAAGUCUGCAAGUCCCCCCAAGGAGACAUGAAGGAUAUGAGGAACCCUUUGGAAAAGGGCGCACCCCAUCUCGUGGCUACCCCCCCGAGUCCCCUAUAGCUCCGUCUUCCAAUGGCCUCAGACUUGAUAUGGAGGGUAUGUCUCGGGGUAGUCGCCCUGGAUCGGCAGCCCACAGUCCUAUUAGGCCGAUGGAGUCUCCGCGUGCUGCACGCAGACCUGCUUUGCCUCCGAUUGACUUCAAGUUCCCCGCGUCUCCUACAACAGAAUCUAGCACUUACCGUCCAAGCACAUCACCACUGUUGGCCGACGGGAAUGGCGGUGCUGCAGUCUCAUCGAAGCUGAACGAUAGAGACCCUUCCUCCUUAGCGCCUGCUCAAGUACCCCAGCUUACGAAGAUCAUGUCUACAUCAAGCCUGAGCGGAAGCCAUAAAAGUAGUGGGGAGUUUUACUCUGUCGGCAAUGGUUCCUCCGAAACCCUGCAAUCGGAGUACACCAAUUACUCUAUUCCUGUUCCGCGAUCAAACGCGGCCCGUCACUCGCGACACAUGUCCAGCCUAGAGCCCUCAGGUCGUUCCAUCAACAGCCAGGCUCUCCUGAUGGGCUAUGCUCAAAUCAGCGCGUCUUUCACCGUCGAUGGCUCACUGAUAAAUCAGUCUGCUUUCGAAGACGUCAAACGGAAAGGCGUCGUUGGUGGCCAGGGGAGCAUGGGCACGCCCAACGGGAACCCUGCAUCAAGAAAUGAAAAGAGUCGGAAAGGUGGCGGCUUCUGGGGCGCUUUCAAGUGGAACGCAAUUGAGGAAUCCUUGAGUGGUUUUCUCUCUAAUAACGACCUUGAUGGUCUCCGAGAAAUGCGAGGGGUUUCCUCGUCGAGGUCGAUCCCUCUGUUGUCGACACCCCAGUCGCUUCUGUUUGUCGAUCUGCGGCUGGCGCCGGGCGAGGAACAAUCUUAUUCUUUUUCUUUCACCUUACCCAGUGGGCUUCCGGCAAGCCAUAAAGGGAAGGCGAUCAAAAUCUCGUAUAAUUUGGUCAUUGGCACCCAGCGUCCCAGCAGUGUUAAUGAACCUCAGCGAGUCAACCGCAUUAGUAUACCAUUCCGGGUAUUUAGUGGUGUAAAUGGGCAAGGGGAAAUCCUCGGCCAUAACCUCAUGAACCCUUAUGUGCUUCUACGUGACGAAGCGCGAGUUCAAAAAGUUGGAUCUUCCCUCCCUCCUUCGUCGAAACCGAAGAGUAUCAGUGUGCCGACAUGGACGUCCGCACCAGAGUUUUUGUCAUACGUGGACGAGCUUCUUGAGAAGCAUUCGCGCAGCGCUCUAUUGCAGCCCCCAGACGUUCUUACGGACAAGCAGCCGAGCCAUGACGUAUCCACGGGACCGCUAACCUGCAAAGACGCGAUUGACCUGGCAAUUCUCCGAAGCAAUCAGGCGCCGAAUGCUUCUCACAGUCCCAAUCGAUUUGAGAUUGCCCGCAAUGGUCGCCGUAUUGCCGUCGUCGUGCUAAAUCGACCAGCCCAUCGACUGGGCGAGACCAUCAUUGCUACAGUGGAUUUCACCGAUACCGCGCUUCCUUGUUACGCAAUCCGCGCCACCUUGGAGACGUCGGAGAGAGUCGCCGGCUCGUUAGCAGUGCGAUCCGGCGCCAGCAUUCGCCGCGCAACACGCCGGGUCCAUGCAUCGUUCUUUGAGAAUACGCUUUAUUCGACGCGGGUGGUAUUUAGCCCAGCGGUGCCGAUUUCGGCGACCCCUACGAUCCUGACCAAUGGCGUCAAUCACGAGUGGGAGCUGCGCUUUGAGUUUGUGACUCCCACAGUGUAUUAUGAGACAGGAACGGGGCCUUCGGGUGCUCAGCUGUUGGAAGCUGUGCAUGAGGAUGAUCGGGGCCAGAUUCUGACGGCCCUGGAGAAUCUUGGAUGUGAGUCGUUUGAGAUAUCGAUCCCGAUCACGGUCUACGGGGAAACCGUCCGGGAGAGGGUUCCGGAGGAGGACGAAGGAUACUCUAUAUAG